CUCGUUCGAAAGUACGCACAUUCUCAGAGCAGCUCGAUUAUUAACAGUGUUGCUCCAUGCCUGUGAGUUUCAUGGAAAAAUUACCAACAAUUUUAAUAGUUUUUGUGUGAAUGUUGAAAAGUGAGACAAGAAGAAAUCUACAUUAUUCUAUAACUAAACGUUUGAAAGUAAAUUAUCUGAGUAUAUAAACUAAAUCGGUUGAUUGAAAUAACCAAACGUUUUUAUUUAUUUAAAAUUUAACAAUUAACAUUCUAAUAAAUAUGAUACUUGAAAGCUUUACAGAAAUAUAUUUUCUUUAUACUUGUUAAUUACUAUACAAUAAAAAACUUGUUCCGUAAAAAUUGAAAAGAGUAUUAUGCGGUUUUUAAUUUUCCUGCAUUUUCGAUGUUUAUUUUGAUACCAAACCCGGGCCAGCAACACUCGUUUUGCUCAUGCUGCAAAUGUUGAGACAGGUAUCAAAACGAAGAUGAAAAUAUGACUUGAUUUGGAUGUGAUGAGAGAAAGAAAGAAAAUCUGAAACUUGGCGAGUGAUCGAGAAAAGCGCUGAGCGAGGAGCAAAAGUUAGGCAUAGGUUUUCAUCUGGAAGGCAGUAGUGUGUUGUUUUUAGUUAUAAAUAUAUUAUUAAGCGUACUUUCGACUAGGUAUAACGAAAAAUAGUAUGCAUAAUAUGGGCAGUAACUUGAAGGUCGUGAAAUGCACGUGAUGAUGCCCGAGGCGAAGCUUCCGUAUCAUCACGCGCAGUGCAGGAACCUCAAGCUUUCGGCCCUCGUAGUGCAAUAUGUACAUUUGUAGAGAACGAUCGAUAAGUCAUCAUUUUGUUUUGAAGGACAAUGAAAAUGAUAGAUUUGAAACUGUACUCCGGUGCGAACAGAAGCCAUUCGACCAACGAAAAUCAACAUUUCACACGAUGAACAUCACUUUUGCCGAUCUUAGUUAUUCUGUCCGAACUAGUGUGUUUACUAAAGAAAGAAAGCAGUUAUUAUCGAAUGUCUGUGGCGAUUUUCGGUCUGGUGAACUUACCGCUAUAAUGGGUCCUUCGGGUGCUGGGAAAUCCACGUUAAUGGAUAUUUUGGCUGGAAUUACGACAUUGAAUGUUACUGGUAGCAUCCAAGUCAACGGUAUCGAGCGAGAUGUAGCAACGUUUCGUCGUUCUUCCGCGUACAUUAUGCAGGACGACAAUUUACAAGUGCUACUCUCUGUUCAGGAGGCUAUGGAUAUUGCUGCUGAUCUCAAGCUUGAUAUUUCAACACAUGAUAAACAACGAGUGAUAAAUGGAAUACUCAAAGAACUAGGAUUAGACGUAGCUCGACAAACCUUAACGAAAUGCCUGAGCGGUGGUCAAAGAAAAAGAUUAUCUAUAGCUUUAGAAUUGAUAAGUAACCCACCAAUAAUGUUCCUAGAUGAACCCACCAGUGGUCUAGAUAGCGUAACGUCCCAUCAGUGCUUUGAACUGAUGAAGUCGUUGGCACGCCAAGGUCGUACGAUAGUAUGCACCGUUCAUCAGCCGAGUGCUAUGAUUUUUGAAAUGAUCGACCAUCUGUACGUCAUUGCUCAAGGUCAUUGCGUUUACGCAGGUAGUCCUGCAAAUGUUGUCAUUUACUUGAAAGGUCUUGGGCUUCGUUGUCCUACUUAUCACAAUCCAGCUGAUUACCUUCUGGAAGUAACAAGUGGCGAGCACGGCGACCACCUGACGCAAUUGGCGAACACGUCGGCGAAUGGUAAACGUCACGAGUGGCGAAAAUAUUCCGUGAUGUCUAUCGACCACAAAUAUGGAAGCACGAUAAGUAACGCCAUAGGCUCGUGGCGCCAAAUAAGCACUCUGAUGAGAUGUAACGCGACGAAGCUUAGCAGAGACAAGAUUCUCACGUAUGCUCGACUGAGCAUAAGCUUCUUUGUCGCUUUACUCACUGGGACAGCGUGUUACGGCCAGGGAAAAGACGCAGCUAACGUACUGUACAAUAUAGGUUUGCUGUCGUUCACCGAGCAAUUCCUCAUGUUCCUGUCGAUGAAUAAUUCUCUCAUAUUUUUUUCGUUAGAAUUGCCGACGUUGAGACGUGAAUACUUCAAUCGAUGGUACACGUUGCACUCGUAUUUCCUGGCCAAUAGACUCGCUGAUCUGCCAAUUGAAUUGAUCGCCAUUACCAGUUACUCGGUCGUCAUAUACUUUUUAAGUGGGCAACCACACGAUUCCACAAGAUUGGGGAUGUUUCUACUGUCGUUGGUGCUUGUAUGUUUAGUAUCUCAGGCGAUUGGCCUUUUAAUCGGAGCUUGUUUUACUGUCAGGACAGCGGCAAUCUUAGGACCUAUAGCGGUAGUUCCAGCGAUGUUGCUCAGCGGAUUUUUCGUGCAGCCACAAGACGUACAGCGACCACUCAAAUGGCUGUUUGAUUUGUCUUUUUGUAAAUAUGCUCGUGACGGAUUGAUCUACGCUAUGUACGGGUUGGAUAGACCGAGGAUGGCCUGUAGCGAAACCGAAUACUGUCAUUUUUCUUCGCCCAAGGUUGUACUCAAAGCAUUUGAUGCGACCCACGUGAAUUAUUGGUUCUCCAUGUCGGUUAUGUGUGGAUUCUACGUUGUCUUGAACGCAAUGGCUUACUUUGCAUUGAGAUUGCGGUUGAAGAUUCAAUUUCAGUGAAAGAUAUAUAUUUCAUUAAUGUUGUACAUACUUAAUUAGCAAGAUUAUACAAGUUUUUUCUGUAAAACGUAUUUGCAUGUCGUGUGGUUGGCAAGUAAAAAAAAUAAAGUUCAAUUUUACAUUGAAUGCGCUGUGUUGAUUAAUUAUUUGAUCGUUCUUUCCAAUCUAUAUAAUUUUUAUGUGAUCGUUAAUGAAUGGCAAUCAAGCGUAGUUCGCAUAAUCGUUUUUACUACAUUAAUUAUUUCAAUAGGAGAAUUCUGAAUGACAAUUUGAAUAUUUUUAGCUUCCAAAUGCAAAUUUUAAUACAAGUGUCAACAACGUUUUUAUCACGAUUCAUUGCGAGCAGAAAAUUUAUUAAUCAUUCCUCACAAGAUUAUCGAUGAUGCAUCAGCGCCUUUCAAUAUACGUCAUAAUAUUCUGUUUUUUCCAUACAGCCAUUUACGUUUUUGCCGGAUACUAAUAAUUUCAGUAUCGCGCGUGGUAUUUAUCGUGUUUGGCCGUAGAUAAUGUUGUCCCCGUGUGGUGUUUAUGUGCGAAAUAUUUGGAAUUUUUUACUGCUUAUGUGAUACCAUGCUAUUUUAUAAUAAACCAAGCUUUUAAUAAAAGGAAUCUCACUUUCACCAAUUUACUUGAAAUUAUUUUCUCAAGAUAAAAAGAAUUUAUUAUCAAAAAUUUCUGGAAACUUUCGACCAGGGGAACUCACUGGGAUCAUGAUAAAAAUUUCAUUAAAAGGAUUGAAUUUGAAAUUUCUUCGAAAAACCACAGCUCAAAAAAAAAUCAGCUUGUCAUUCUGUAAAUAUGGCUUCGAAGAGAUUAUAGAUAGCAUUUACGGAUAAAUAAUUAAUAAACCGUU